AUGCCAAAACCAAGAUCUUCGAAAAAGGAUACCCGUCAACCUCAGUCUCAACCCCACCAGCAACCCCCCAACUGGCCCCCUCUCCGCCCCCUCGUUCCCUCCUCCGAUCUUCAUCUCGAGUCUCUGCUCCCCGAUCAGAUCUACCUCAUUCGCAACUUUCUCCCUGCCUCCCUAUGCAAGACUUAUGUUUCCUUCCUCGCCUCUCUUCCGCUCAUCACAACCCCUGGUAAGCCCAAAAAGGGCGAUGCUGUCCGCGUCAACGAUAGAUUCCAAAUCCAGGAUGCGGCGUUUGCGGAGAACCUUUGGCGGGGAACAGCGCUAAGAGAGCUUGUGACUAACCCCUCCCCUAUCGACGAAGACGAGGUGGGCGAAGAAACAAGUGUGGGAAGGAGGUCGAUGAAGGAGAUCUGGGGCGGGGAACCGCUGGGGCUGAAUGCGAAUAUUCGUGUAUAUCGCUAUUCGCCAGGGCAGUUCUUUGCGCAGCAUUACGACGACUCCAACACCCUCUCGUUCCUAUCGCCAUCAACACCUCCCAAACUAGCCCGCACUACUUGGACACUCCUGAUUUACCUAUCGACCUGCACGGGGGGAGAAACAGUUUUCUACCCGGAGCGGACAAGGUUGAAUCCCAACCCAGAGCCGAUUGCAGUGGCUCCCGAGAUGGGGAUGGCGCUGCUGCAUCGACAUGGGGACCAGUGUUUACUUCACGAGGGGAAGGAGGUUACAGAUGGGGAAAAGUGGGUGUUGAGGAGCGAUCUGGUGGUUGCGCGAUGA